GCAGGUGGACAGGUACACGCACCUCUGACUGAAGCUCACUGGACCUGCACCAGGUGAGCGCGGGCACGCAGCCAGGCUGGAUCCGCAGUAUGUUGAGGGCCCCCCCUCCUCACCUGGAAAGAUGUACGUGAGCUACCUGCAGCUGGACAAGGACCCGGGCAUGUACCCGCACCAGAGCCCGGUCACCCGCCACCCGGGCCUCAGCCUCAGCCCGCAGAGCUUCUCGGUGCCCGCGCCCCCCCAGUACUCGGACUUCCCCGGCUACCACCACCACCACCACCACCACCACCCCAGCAUCAGCACCGACCCGCACCCGCAGCAGCAGGCCGGCCCGGGGGCCGCCGGCUGGAGCCCCUACCCGCCCGCGCGGGACGACUGGCCGGGGCACCACUACGCGGCGGCGGCGGCCGCGGCCGCGGCCGGAGCCCCCGCGGGCCCCGGGGUCACCGGGGCCCCCGGGGCCGGGGGCCCCUCUCUGGGCUUCAGCCCCCCGGACUUCCCCGGGCAGCCGCCCGCGUUGCUGCCCGCCUCCCUCAACGCCGCGGCGGGGCAGCUGUCCCCCGGCUCCCCGCGGAGGAGGAACCCGUACGACUGGAUACGAACCUCCGCGACCCCCAGCAACCCCAAUUUCAUUCCUCCUGGUUGCAACACGGCCGGCGUUGGAGGUGAAGAAGACGGGAAGACGCGGACCAAAGACAAAUAUCGGGUGGUUUACACGGACCACCAGCGGCUGGAGCUGGAGAAGGAGUUUCAUUUCAGCAAAUACAUCACCAUCAGGAGGAAGGCGGAGCUCGCCACGGCGCUGAGCCUAUCAGAGCGACAGGUGAAGAUCUGGUUCCAGAACCGACGAGCGAAGGAGCGCAAAAUCAACAAGAAGAAGCUCCAGCAGCCGGCCUCCUCCACGACCACGCCCACCCCUCCCACCGGCAGCAACGGCGGCGGAGGAGGAGGAGGAGGAGGAGGAGGAGGAGGAGGAGGAGGAGGCGGAGCCCUCCACGUGAGUGGCGGCAGUAACGUUGCCAUGGUGACGAGCAGCAGCGGCAAUAAUGGGCUGGUGUCUCCAUCCUCUCUGGCUCUGAACAUCAAAGAGGAGUACUGACGAAGGAAAAGGACAAUGCUUCACCGGACGCUGACAUCGGGGACGUGGACUGAACCCCCCGGCCCCCCCAACAAACCCAAACACUUUCCUUCAUGAAGUUUCCAGCUUCUUUUGCUUGUUUGUAAAGUUAAAACUCAUCCAAAUGUAAGAAAAUGUUGGCGGGAAAGCGCUGCCAGGAACUGGAACUCUCUGUGAUGUCAGCAGGUGAAAAAAAGGAAGCUUAGCCUGUUUGAUCGUUAACAACCAACAGAAAGACUCCUUAAACAUGUGUGUUGACAUCUGGAAGAAAAAAAAGAACGCCUCUUGAGCUCACAGCGUCACUGCUGGGUCCGUUUCUGCAGUUUUGUUUAUGCAGUGUUCUCAGAGAUUCGUCUUAAAUUUGACCAGUUUUAUGAAUGAUAAAAAUAUCAAACUGAUUUCAUGGUUUUAAUGGUUCACUAACUGUAAUUAUCUUAAUUUAAGAGCUUUAACAUAGUAGAUGAGGUGCAGAGUGUACGGCUUUGGUUUCGUUGUUUUAAAACUACUUGAAGGGACGUUUUCAGGGUGAAUCCAGCGUCCACCGCUCCGUCACCGGGGUGACGAUGGUCGGGCCCUCUGCCAGCCGUGUCUCUGGCGUUACUGAACAGAGACUUCUGGAGGAUGUAAUGAUGAUCAGACGUCAGCGAUCAACCCAUGUGACCCAGAGACCCUCCUCCUUCACGUUUAUUCAUUCUCUUUUUUGAACUCCUAAUUGUUCACCGAUCUGCACCGGGUGUCCGAUGUGUCAGCAGCACUUCUGUUCUUCUAUUUUUCUUGGGUUUAUUUGGUUUCCUCGCCAGCGUUUACACUCACCUGAGGUUCUGUGGUGGUCCUACCUGCUGUCUGGGGGACGGCACAGCUGGGUGUAAAUUACUGAAACUACACGGAGCUCACGGCCUUUUAGCCUAGCUCUCCUCAACAAUGCCGGUUUAGUCCACUUGCAUCCUCCACGGGCUCCGCGGGGCUUCUCGUCUGAGGACCAUAAUACUGGAACCAUCAGGGACCUGGGACGUUUGACCACUAAAAGCCCAAAGGGACUCUGUUCCCAGGCAGCCCACUUUCACUCCAGAUGGACCUGCUGGCUGGGAUGUUUCUCAUCCUAAAUACAGCGUCGUCUCCUCAACCCUGACCCAUUUCCAGAAUCCCAGCUUGACAUUCAAAUGUGGCCUAACUGGGCUUUUUAUGGUUCCGGUCCAAGGACAAGCCUUCUUCUAAGCCAGGGGUCGGCAACCCGCGGCUCCAGAGCCGCAUGCGGCUCUUUAGCGCCGCCCUAGUGGCUCCCUAGAGCUUUUUCAAAAAAUGUUUAACAUUUUUUUUCCUUUUUUUCUUCUCUUUUUCCUUUUUUUUCUCUUUUUUUCUUCCUUUUUUUUUCUUUUUUCUUCUCUUUUUUUCCUUUUUUUCUUUUUUUCUCUUUUUCUCUUUUUCUUUUUUUCUUCUUUUUUUUCUCUUCUUUUCCUUUUUUUCUCUUUGUUUCUUCCUUUUUCCUUUCCUUUUUAAUCUCGACAUUUCGACUUUUUUCUCGAAAUUUUGACUUUUUUCUCAACAUUUUGACUUUUUUCUCAAAGUGCAUAAUGAAAAAAACAUCUUCCCCCAGUUAUACAGUAACUAAUAUAGCUACAUACAGCAUGUGUUGCCUUCAUUCUAAGGCUGAUACAAGACUUUUCAUUUUUUGCGGCUCCAGACAUAUUUGUUUUUUGUGUUUUUGGUCCAAUAUGGCUCUUUCAACAUUUUGGGUUGCCGACCCCUGUUCUAAGCAAUGCUCCAGCGCCAUACACACUUCCAGUGCACACUACCCUUGUCCACUCACGCUGGUGUUUGGCUUCUCGUCACCAGAACUUGUCGGCGUUGCCACCGGAAACUAACGUCAGCUCCGCCUCCACCGGUUUCCUGGCAACACCGGUCACUCGGCAUGAAGCAAGUUGUAGCAGCUUCCAUUGAAACAAACAGGAAGUCCAGUUAAGAACAGGCGGCAAAUCUUUUCCAUCAGUCAGACUGAAACAGAUGUUUGUUAUCUUAAUUUGAGAAAAGUUAUCUUGUAAGUUAUUACUGGAAUGUGAAAGUGAUUUCAACCAAUAAAUAAAAAGCGCCUCUUGAGACGAACACCUCCACCCCCAAGUGACAUCAGAGGUGCUCCAAACUUUGACAACUGCCCUUUGAGACAACUUUUCUUUCAGGAGUCAAUCUAAGAGUUUCUGGUAGAGUAUUUUAUUCCAACAUGUUUCUUUUUCCUUCAUCCUUUUAAUGGAUCGAGCUAAUAUGUUUUAACUUGGAUGGAAGUGAAGUCCACAUCUACUCGAGGAUCGGAACAGACUCCACAACCCUACAAAAACAAAAGGCAGGUUUCCCUUGGUGGGGUCGGGGGUAGUUUAGGGGGCCUUGACCAGUGCCUUGUAGCUCUGUUGCCCAGGAAAGCUCUUGAAGUCCGGCCCCUUCAGCUCCUCCCAUGUUGAUCUUAUUUGUUUCGUCUGUAUGCUGCAGUUCCUCGGUGUCAUUGUUGAUGACAUCCCAUCUUCACCCUGCCUGGGUUUUACCCCGAAUGCCACUAAUGGAGACCCGCCUCAGCCGAUGUCGGGCUUAGUGCUCUGAUCUUUAGCACGAGUGCUGCCUCUUUGACUGAAUAAACGACAUGACGUCAAAUCCUCUCAUUUCAAACGUCUCCUCAUCUUGAUGACGUGGAGCCGUUGUCCUCCUGGGUCCAACAUCUGUCAUAUGUGACGGAUGUUGCCCUUUGUUGCUAAAGAUCCAGUUGAUGUGCUGUAAAUGAUCUAAUGAGUCUUUAUCGUGUGUAUAUUUGAAAUGUAAUUUUUAUUAAAGAUAAACGCCUUUAUUGUAAA